GGCGUCUGAUUUGCAGGAUCCGACGGCGCGUUUUUUGGACGACAUGGUUCCUAAUGAAGAACUACGAAAUGGUGCGGCAGAAUGGUUGGAGACUAUAGAAGAUGGCGGCCGCCGUUUGCAGGAGGUUGUGGACAUUUUGUGUUCGAGCCAUGGUGAUUGGUUGGGGGCUGUAGGGGGGACAGUCACACUUGCGCCAUGGCUGGAGGACAUGAUGCAGAGCAUGCUUGAUAUCAUUUGGGAGUUGGAGGAGGGGCCGGCUCCUUCGCUGGAGGAGUUUGUUGAUUGGCAUCAAGCUGACUCGCUCAUGCACAGAUGCUACGACAUCUUUAGGAACGGCCAGGAUCGCUGUGCAGCUUUGGAGGCGGGAUUGUCGCCUGCGACAACAAUUGAAGACAGCAGAGGCGGCAACAGCUUCAGCACCAACAUCGACUGCAACGACAGUAACGACAAUGACAAUAACAACGAUAAUAACAUCAACAACAACAACAACAACAACAACAACAACAACAACAACAACAACAACAACAACAACAACAACAACAACAAGAAGGAGCUCACGAUUAUCAACUACAGCUCUUUUGGUGUCUUGAACGACAACUGUGGAGGUGACAUCGCUAGCAGAGAGAUCGCCGUUGGAGGUGGCGAGAACAUCAAUGAAAACGGCGGCAAUGACGAUAACAUUUUCAACAACAACAACGACAACAACAACAACAACAUCAACAACAACAACAACAACGAUAAAACCAACAACAAACAGCUCAAGAAUAUUGACCACAGUUUCCUUGCUGACGACAACUGCGGAGACGAAAUUGACGGCAAAAGGCUCGUCGACGAUAACUGUGGAAAUGGAAUUGUUGGUCAAAGGAUCGAUGAUAAUACCGGUGUUAUUGGGAUCGACGGCGCAGUUGCUGGUUGGCAGYGGAUGGGCGUGGGUUAGUUGGCGAGGAUUGGAGUUGUCCGGUCCGCAACUCCAAUCACGCAGGGGUGGUGRCCUCUCUGGCGGUAGGGGGACUGRUUAGGGUUUUCUUCGAUAUC